AUGUCAAAGUGUGACUUGAAAGUUGAUGAUGAUGUGGUGGAAGGAAGAAGUUCAAUUGGAAGAAAAGCACUUGAGUUGCGUUCUUCAUCUUCUUCAGCAUCCUGGUCAUCCGAGGAACAACCUCGACGUGGAAACAGAAGACCAUUCCCAGGUCGACGCCCUCAGAGACCCACUGAAAUCAAAGAAACGUGUGAUGAUGGAUGGCUAGAGUUCAAGAGACCUAAUGGGGUUUGGUGUAUUUUGAGGAGCCACAGCUUGCAUUCAACAGUUCAUCAUGGCUUUAUCCCUGGACCCGGGGAUUCUGUGAAUUGGAAACCAGCAUUUGUAAAUGGGGACUUUGACAAGUAUCAAUGCAAUUCGCAAGUUCAUCCAUGGACCAGAUUCUACAUAUGCGGAAAGAGAGGAGUUCGGAAAUAA